AGAGAGAGAGGGAGAGAGAGAGAGAAGGCGCUCGAGCUCGUCUCUUCACUCCCGGUUCCUGAAGCGCGCGCACCGCACCGCACCGCACCGUCUCUCCUCCCGCGGCUCGGAAACUUCACGCGCGCCGCUUUUCAUUCUUCCUGCUGGUUUUGUUACAUUUUCAGGAUAAAUCUGAAACUCUGACCGGAAGACAGCUGACAUUGUAUCAUUACUGUUUGUUUUAACCCCCCAGCGUUUUCAUUCGGGUUGAUUAUUUUCCUCUUUUUUACUGCCCCGAAGCUUUUUUUUUUUUUUUUUUUUUUAAUUCUGAACAUUUUAGUUUCCCUGAGACAUGCUGGAGCUUCCAGACUCCAGCCCUGAGUCUUGGCCCGGACUGUGCUGGUGGAGGAGAAGGGAAAGGCGCACGGGGAGCAGCUGUUAGGGUCGAAGCCCAGGAUCCGGGAUGGUGUGUGGAUUUACAGCGCGCGGACCCCGGCGCCACUUCACUGUCUAACGGAAGCUGUUUUAUUAUUUAUCAGUGGCGUUAAUAUUAUUCCUGGUAUCUCCUGGAGGGUGUAGGAUCAGGGCAGGGUGGUAUAGCGGGGUGUUUAUCUGCUGCUUAGUUUGUUGGGUGAGAAACCGAAUUUAAAAGACUGGCGUAUGGUACAGAUUGUCUUUGCUGCUCCCAGCUUUUGCACCGUCUCUCGGACUGCGCGGCGCCGCCUGGCCUCGGAUCCCGGGACCUACUUCAUGAUUUGCGGACGCCAUGCUCGCUCUUUAGCCGGGAGACCCUCUGCUCGUCGUCGCGCAUGUUCAGGACCAGACGGUCGGGGCUCGUCCGGCGACUCUGGAGAAGCCGCGCGCCCGUCGACGGCGACGGGGAGGAAGCGGCGGCGGACACCGGGACGCACGGCGCGGGAGGAAGCGGAAGAGGAAACGGAAGCUUGUGCAUGGGCAAAGCGACCAAGGCCGCCGGUGGCGCGAGCGCAGAGGCCGAACUGAAGGCGCUCACGCACUCGGUGCUCAAGAAGAUCAAAGAGAAACAGCUGGAGGUGCUGCUGCAGGCCGUGGAGUCCAAGGGCGGAGCGCGCAGCCCGUGCCUCAUGCUGCCCGGCCGUGUGGACGCGUACUCGCUCCCGCUGCUGCUCUUUAAGGUUUUCCGCUGGCCAGAUCUCCGACACUGGUCCCAGUUAAAGCGGUUACCGUGCUGUGAAUCCUACGGGAAGAUCAACCCGGAGCUCGUGUGCUGCAACCCGCACCAUAUGAGCCGCCUGUGCGAGCCCGAAUCCCCUCCUCCUCCGUACUCACGAUAUCCAGUGGACUUACUGAAGUCACCCGAUUCUCCAGACUCUAUGCCUGCUUCCACUGAAACUGGGGGAACGAUACAUUCAGCCCCUGUGGGGUUUUCAGAUUCCCAAGGUCUUCAGGAGUGUGGCGAGCACUGGUGCGUGGUGGCGUACUGGGAGGAGAAGACGCGCGUCGGCCGCCUCUAUUCGGUCCGCGAGCCAUCGCUGGACAUCUUCUACGACCUACCUCAGGGCACGGGCUUCUGCCUGGGCCAGCUGUGCUCGGAAAGCCGCAGCGCACUCGUGCACAUGGUGCGGCCCAAAAUCGGCUACGGCAUCCAGCUGAGCCGCGAGGCCGACGGCGUGUGGGUGUACAACCGCAGCCGAUACCCCAUCUUCAUCAAAUCAGCCACGCUGGACGACCCUUCAUCACGAUCUCUGCUCGUGCACAAGGUUUUCCCCGGGUUCUCCAUCAAAGCCUUCGACUAUGAGAAGGCCAAGAGCCUACAGAGACCCAACGACCACGAGUUCAGCCAUCAGCCGCGCGCCGGAUUCACCGUGCAGAUCAGCUUCGUCAAGGGCUGGGGUCAGUGCUACACCAGACAGUUCAUCAGCAGCUGCCCCUGCUGGCUCGAACUCAUCUUCAAUAACCGAUAGCCACAAGCCACACCCACUCCCCCUUCCUCAGUCACCAUGGACACGGACUGGCCCUGACCUCGUUUGGGACUAUUUGCUAUUUUCUUUUCUUUUUUUUUUCUCUUUUUGUUUUUUCUUUUUUGUGACAGAGUGAGGAAAAAAAGUUCUCCAGAAGAUUUUACAAGAGAAGAAAGAAAGAAAAAAGAAAGAAAGGAAAACCCAUGCCGGGUUUUUAUUAAAGACUUUAAAAGAUUUAAUUAAGUGAAAUAAAAGUUCAAAUGUAUUGUUAUAUAUAAAUAUAUUAUUACUUGUAAAUAUGAAGACGUUUUAUAUGCAUCGUUAUUUAUGUAUUGUGCAGUGUGUUGAUAGAAAUAGAAAAGAUGCACUUUGCUUAAUAUAAAUGCACACAGGAGAAAUGCCAAAAUUAAAAAAAGUAACAAAUCUAAUUUA